CCGCCCUCGCCCCGCCCCACCCCGCUCGGCGGCCGGAGGAUCCGGAGCAGAGGCGUCCCCAGCCUUCGGCGGCGGAGGGGACAAUGUGGUUCUUUGCCCGGGACCCGGUCCGGGACUUCCCGUUCGAGCUCAGCCCGGACCCUCCCGAGGGCGGCCCGCCCGGGCCCUGGGUCCUGCACCGCGGCCGCAAGAAGGCCACAGGCAGCCCUGUGUCCAUCUUCGUGUACGAUGUGAAGCCCGGUGCCGACGAGCAGACCCAGGUGGCCAAAGCUGCCUUCAAGCGCCUCAAAACUCUCCGGCACCCCAACAUUCUGGCCUACAUCGAUGGGCUGGAGACAGACAAAUGCCUCCAUGUAGUGACAGAGGCAGUGACCCCACUGAAAAUGUACCUCAAGGAGCGAGCUGAGGCCGGUGGCCUGAAGGAGCUGGAGCUCUCCUGGGGGCUACACCAGAUUGUGAAAGCCCUCAGCUUCCUGGUCAAUGACUGCAGCCUCAUCCACAACAACGUCUGCAUGGCCGCUGUGUUCGUGGACCGCGCCGGCGAGUGGAAACUGGGGGGCCUGGACUACAUGUACUCGUCCCAGGGCAAUGGCGGGGGGCCCCCCCGGAAGGGGGUCCCCGAACUUGAGCAGUAUGAUCCCCCGGAGUUGGCUGAUGGCAGUGGCAGAGCAGUCAGAGAGAAAUGGUCAGCUGACAUGUGGCGCUUGGGCUGCCUCAUUUGGGAAGUCUUCAAUGGGUCCCUACCUCGGGCGGCUGCCCUGCGCAAUCCUGGGAAGAUCCCCAAAUCGCUGGUGCCCCAUUACUGUGAGCUAGUCGGCGCCAACCCCAAGGUGCGUCCCAAUCCAGCCCGCUUCCUGCAGAACUGCCGGGCGCCGGGGGGCUUCUUGAACAACCGCUUUGUGGAGACCAACCUCUUCUUGGAAGAGAUCCAGAUCAAAGAGCCAGCUGAGAAGCAAAAGUUCUUCCAAGAGCUGAGCAAGAGCCUAGACUCCUUCCCCGAGGACUUCUGCCGGCACAAGGUGCUGCCCCAGCUGCUUACCGCCUUCGAGUUCGGCAGUGCAGGAGCUGUCGUCCUCACACCCCUCUUCAAGGUGGGCAAGUUUCUCAACGCUGAGGAGUACCAGCAGAAGAUCAUCCCUGUCGUGGUCAAGAUGUUCUCGUCCACUGACCGGGCCAUGCGCAUCCGCCUCCUACAGCAGAUGGAACAGUUUAUUCAGUACCUGGAUGAGCCAACAGUCAACACACAGAUCUUUCCCCACGUUGUACAUGGCUUCCUGGACACCAACCCUGCCAUCCGAGAGCAGACAGUCAAGUCCAUGCUGCUCUUGGCCCCGAAGCUGAACGAGGCCAACCUCAACGUGGAGCUGAUGAAGCACUUCGCGCGGCUGCAGGCCAAGGACGAGCAGGGCCCCAUUCGCUGCAACACCACCGUCUGCCUGGGCAAGAUCGGCUCCUACCUCAGUGCCAGUACCAGGCACAGGGUCCUCACCUCUGCCUUCAGCCGGGCCACUAAGGACCCAUUCGCGCCUUCCCGGGUGGCGGGUGUCCUGGGCUUUGCGGCCACCCACAAUCUCUACUCGAUGAACGACUGUGCCCACAAGAUCCUGCCUGUGCUCUGCGGCCUCACUGUGGAUCCCGAGAAAUCUGUGCGAGACCAGGCCUUCAAGGCCAUUCGAAGCUUCCUGUCCCAACUGGAGUCUGUGUCCGAGGACCCCACCCAGCUGGCUGAAGUGGAGAAGGAUGUCCACGCAGCAUCCAGCCCCGGCAUGGGAGGGGCGGCAGCCAGCUGGGCAGGCUGGGCUGUGACAGGGGUCUCCUCGCUCACCUCCAAGCUGAUCCGUGCACACCCAGCAGCCGCCCCAGCUGAGACCAACGUCCCCCAGAGACCCACGCCUGAGGGACUUCCUGCCCCGGCCCCUACCCUCGUUCCUGCCACACCCGCAACCCCAGGCCCCUGGGAGACGCAAGAGGAGGGCACAGACACGGCAGACGACAGCAGUGCUGCUGACAGAUGGGACGAUGAAGACUGGGGCAGCUUGGAGCAGGAGGCCGAAUCGGUGUUGGUCCAGCAGGAAGACUGGAGUACUGGGGGCCAGGCUAGCCGUGCUGGGCAGGUAAGCAGAACCAGCAGCCUGGAUGUCAAAUCCCCCGAGUCAGACUGGAGCAGCUGGGAUGCGGAGGGCUCAUGGGAGCAGGGCUGGCAGGACCCAAGUCCCCCAGAGCCACCCCCUGAGGGCACACGGCUGGCCAGUGAAUAUAACUGGGGUGGCCCGGAGCCCAGCGACAAAGGUGAUCCCUUUGCUGCCCUGUCGGCUCGACGGGAGACUGGUGCGCAGCUGAGACCUGAUUCGUGGGGCGAUGACAACUGGGAGGGUCUGGAGACAGAGAACCGGCAAGGGAAGGCCGAGCUGGCCCGGAAGAAGCGUGAGGAGCGCAGGCGGGAGAUGGAGGCCAAACGCGCGGAGAAGAAGGCAGCCAAGGGCCCCAUGAAGCUGGGCACCCGGAAGCUGGACUGAACUGCGGGUGCGGGCGCUUGUAGCCGCGGAGAGCGGGCCCCGCGGAUGUAUUUAUUGUACAAACCAUGCAGCCCGGCCAGUCUGGCCAGGCACAUCUCACGUGUACAUAAUCAGAGCCACAAUAAAUUCUAUUUCACA